CUGGCUCCGCCACUGCAUACAUCUAUGUGUAUAGAUUAUAGAAACACAUUUCACCAGAUACACCUCUACUAUUGCUACGCAAGACAUGCAGUGGAUGGUGGAAUUUUAGUUAGACCAGUCACUAAAGACCUCUUCCUCUUAUGGUCAACCAUGAAUAUUUUAUCAUGGGAGGUGGAGACAUUGAGUAAAACAGCAAUCGUCGGAAACUAAGUUUAGAAGAUUCAAAGUCGAUCACUUUGUGGAAAUCUAGGAGAAAUAUUCUAGAUAAGCACUUGUAGCUCAGGAGGAGAAUGACAGAGUGUCGUUCAGCAUCAGAUCAGGACGAGGGAGGAAUCAGUCUAUGUAAUGGAGCUUAUUAUCGAUAUAAGUAUUACUCCAUCACGCAAACUGGUGUCAAAUUCCAUCUGUGCUCGUUUCCCGUUCGUCGAAAUCCACGACAUGUGAAGCUUAUUCAGGGUGCAGAAUCUCUGAACAUUUGGAUCGCCACGUUUCAUUUGGCACUUGUUAGGAAGAGGGUAUGAGGUUGUCUCUUAUACCGCCCUAAAGAAUCCGCGGACAACCAAUUAGGGCUCCCGAGUUUCACUCAGUUGUUGAUGCCGAACUAAUCAAAGUGAACUCCAGUCAGUUGACUCAAUGCAUAACUAUGG